CCGAAUAAAGAACGCAACGAAACAAUUAUUACUAUUUCUUCGUCGAUUGAUCAGCAUCUGGGAACUGGAGUUAGCAAGGAGGGGUGGUCCCCGGUGCAAUAAUGAUUUGUUUUGGUCUUUCCGUUUUUUUUUUCUCCUCUGGUAUUACGUUACAUUCCCCGAACCCACCUUGUUUUACACUGAUUAACGUACCCACGAACGAGAACGCGCAUAUGGUGAUCUUGGCGAGGAGAAGAAGGAACGAGUUAUUGGAGGCGCGUCAUUUGCGAUGGAAAUACCAAAUAAAUAUUUUUAUACGAGGGUCAAUAAUGAUGGAACGAUUACAGACGAAGGACCUGAAUUUUCUACGUUAUCGAGCAUAUUCGAUGGCGACGUCGGCUGCCUUGCGGGGUUUGGAGGCAUCUUGGCCGUUGUAUAAGAUCUUGUUGUACUAGAAGAAGAAUGGCAUCUCUGCACUUGGAACUUGAAUUAUGCGAUGGUGUUAUUUUCAGAUGUGAAUACAAAAUGAUUCUUGCCCCA